UCCCGGAGUCAUGCAUAUAAUAGCCAGACGAGCUGCGAUAGGCUUUGGCUCCCCAGUCCUCAGCUCCCCGUGCAUCAGCAGACUCACCGGCAGCCGCAGCCUCUGUACGAUGGCCCAGCUGUCCUCUGACCAGGUGGCAUUCAACAAGCCGAAGGUUGAGCUACAUGUUCACCUCGAUGGAGCCAUCAGGGUGCAGACUAUUCUCGACGUUGCCAAGAGACGCGGCAUCCCUCUGCCAGCCAACACCAUGGAGGAGAUGACGCAGAUUAUUAUCAUGGAAAAGCCCGCCACCCUCACCAAGUUCCUGGGCAAGUUCGCGGAGUACAUGCACGUGGUGGCUGGAGACAGAGAGGCCAUAAAGAGGAUAGCCUAUGAGUUUGUGGAGGACAAAGCCAAGGAGGGAGUGAUUUAUGUUGAGGUCCGAUACAGCCCACAUUUCCUGGCCAACUCUGAAGUGGAGCCCAUACCAUGGAACCAGAAAGAAGGUGACCUGAGCCCAGACGAGGUGGUGCGCCUGGUUAACGAGGGCCUCAACGAGGGGGAGAGGGCUUUCAAUAUCAAAGCCAGGUCCAUUCUAUGCUGCAUGCGCAACAUGCCAAGCUGGUCCAUGGAUGUCGUGCAGCUAUGUAAGAAAUACUGCCACGAGGGGGUGGUCGCCAUCGAUCUGGCAGGCGAUGAGUUGCUCAACAGUGAAGCCAAUCCAGAUCACAGGAAAGCCUAUGAGGAAGCUGUGCGUUGCGGGGUCCACAGGACGGUUCAUGCAGGCGAGGUGGGGCCGCCGUCUGUUGUGAAGGAGGCUGUAGAAGUGCUCAAAGCUGAGCGGGUUGGACAUGGUUACAGAACCCUGGAGGACCAGGUGCUGUACAAAAAGCUGCUGGCUCAGAACAUGCACUUUGAGGUGUGUCCUAUUUCCAGUAAGCUGACAGGUGCCUGCGACCCGGACUUCAGCAAGCAUCCUGCCGUCACGUUCAUGAAGGACAAGGCUAACUACUCCCUGAAUACAGAUGAUCCUCUGAUCUUCAACUCAAACCUGGACCUCGACUACAGCACCGCGCUCAAAUACAUGGGAUUCACUGAGGAGGAAUUCAAACGACUGAACAUCAGGUCUGCAGAGUCAUGCUUCCUGCCCGAGGACGAGAAGAAAGAGCUCCUCCAAAGACUGUACGAGGCCUACGGGAUGAUGCAGAGCACAGCCUUUUAAACCCGACGAGGAAGUCUGAGGAGGAAACUACCCCAAGGACAAACUACUCUGCAUCUCCCCAUCCGACACAAUGGCUUUUCUUUUUCCUCAUUUGUAACCAGACAUAAAGUCAAUGGAAAAAUAUAUCUAGCAUGCUGGUUCUCAUAUGGCUGAUGCCUCCACAUCACAUACCUGUUUAUCACCGGCUUGUGUUUUGUCAGUACUCCGUCAUCGUACUUGGACACUUUUAACACUUAAGUUUGCCGUGCAGUUCCAGAGGACAUCAUGGGGCUCUUCAAGGCAACAAAAUAUGAGCAUGCAAGUGUUUAUGAAGUAGAUUUUGUUCUAUGAAAAACUCUAGAUAGAAUCUUCAUCUUGUGUUUACAUCCUGUUGUCAUAAACAGAAUCAGGGAAGCUUUUCAUGCACAAUGCACAAUAAGCCCGUUACCUUUAACACUUUGCCAGCUUGUAAGGGAAGGAUAAGGGAUGUUAUUUGUUGUUAGUAUUCUGUCAUCACUGAAACAUCAUGGUGUCCUGUACAUCUUUGGGGGAAAGGAUGUGGUGAACGAGACCUGAAAGGUGCAAGAACCUACUACCUGUGGGGAAAAUAUGGUUUACUGUGAACAUCUGUUGUUUAAGGCUGAAGCAAGGGACUGCAGGAUGCAUCAGCUAAAACAGCUCGAUUCCACAAGUCUUAGAUUACACCACUAGGUGGCACUACACUGUCACCUACGGGGACAAACCACAGUAGACUUAAAGUGGAUCUGCAUUUCAUGAUCAUUCUCCAUUCUUUUGAUGUAUUUAUUUAAAAAAUUUUUUUUUUUCAUUUGACUAAAUAAAAAAAAGCACUUCCAUUUAUGACAGACAUAUUUAUGACUUAGGAAAAUCACCUUUGAACAUAAUAAAAGCUAUUAUUGAAAUCUU